AUGUCGCCGAACAGUCCAUCUCCCUAUCGGCAGCCACUAUCCUCCUCCUCAUCUCGGCAGUCUCUUCGCAAAGAGGUCCUCUCAAGACCAGAGACGGCCUCGCGGCCGAGUGAUCGACAGUCAAGAGGGACACCCGAGGGCCGUCCAUCCAUAGACGAGACUCCUACACAAGAGAUCGUCACAUCCUCAAGCCACAAUGGAGCCGUUGACAGUACCGAAGAACCCGAAGUUCAGGAACAACACCCAUCAAACCCCACAUUCCAACCAUUCUUCGCCCUAGUCGAAGACGCCCAUACAUCAGACUACUAUCACCCCAACGUCCACUACAUAUUCUCCGACGAUGACACAGACAUCGUAACUGAAGCAGCUUUGCGCAGCUUAACCGCCCAACAAGAUGCCCUCUCGGAAUCCAAGAAAGACCAAAUCGCGCAGACCCACGCAUCCAAUCCCCACGAGAAAGACCCCUCAGAUCCAGAAGCUGACCCGGAAACGACCACACUGCUCCCACCACCAGUACCAGGAGUCCGGGAGAACUACCUCAUCCUAGACAUGGAGCCCGUACCGCCCACAAGUGACACAGCACAGAACCAAACAGACCAAGCAAAGGGAGCAAAGUCUAUGUCAUCGUCACCAGCGAACCCAUCCAUACCCUCACAGGAGGGAAAACCUGGAUCGAGCAAGCAUCCCCAGUUCCGGGUGUCAUCCGCACAAAGCUUUUCGUCAUCGUGGCAGGUCCUCGAUACGGAAGUUAUGUCCGCACCGACAUUCGAGAAUAAUACCCCCGAGUCACCGGGGCAGGGAUUAAUGUUGAAGAUCCGCGGUACGGGCGGGAUGCCAGUUGAGGUGUCCGGGAAGGAGAAGGGGGCGCAUAGACUGGAGGAAAUGAUGGAGCAGUUUGCGAAGCGGAUGGGCGAGUUGCAGACUAUCAUCGACGCUGCGGAAGCGGAGACCCAGCCGGAUGAACAGCAGGAACUGGAACAUGAUCCUUCUGAGGAUGCAGGCCAAACAAUACUGGAAGAGGAUGCAGCCUUACGUUUCGAUUAA